GUGGGAGCCGAUUACAAGAAGAGCAGCUGAGUUGAUGACAGAGUAAAUUUGGCACUCGGCACGUUUAUGCUCGAUGCCGCUAAUGCUGAAGCAUUUUUUCUACCGACUGUAGCUUAAACGAAGUAACAUUUCGUGUUUUAAGUGGAUACCUGAACUGUAGAACAUCCUAAUCGUGCAGCCAUGAAUCUUGCACGGAAGCUGGAUGUUGUUAUUUUCGGCGCGAGCGGCUUCACCGGAAAGUACACGGUGCUGGAGAGCAUAAAGCUGUUGGGCAACAUGAGAUGGGGAAUCGCCGGACGAAGCCAAAAUAAGCUGCAAGAAGUGCUGAAGGAAGUGGGAGAAAAGGCUAAGACGGAUCUCUCGAACGUGCCGAUCGUCCUGGCGGACGUAAAUAACCAGGAUUCGCUGGUCAACAUGGCACGUGAUUGUCGUGUGGUUGUGAACUGUUGCGGUCCCUACCGGCUUUUUGGAGAGCCGGUACUGAAGGCAUGUCUGGAGGCCCGUACCCAUCACGUUGAUGUGAGCGGUGAACCACAGUUCCUGGAGGGAAUGCAGCUCAAGUACCACGAGGCAGCUAAGGAGAAGGGAAUUUACAUGAUAUCGGCCUGUGGAUUCGACAGUAUUCCGGCCGACAUGGGAACCGUGUUUUUGGAGCAGCAAUUCGACGGCGUGGUAAAUUCGGUGGAGAGCUACAUUUUCUCGAAACAGAAGGGUCGUCGUGAAAUGGGCGGCAUUCAUUAUGGCACUUGGGCGUCCGCAGUGCAUGCAAUGGCAAACGUGAACGAGAUGGGAGCGAUACGCCGGCAGCUGUUUGCGAAGAAGCUUCCCGACGUUAAACCGAAACUACAGGAACGACCGACCAUUCAUCGGUCAGACAAUGGGAACAAGUGGUCCCUGCCAUUCCAGGGAGCUGACCGGUCCUGUGUGGCUCGUACGCAGAGAUUUUUCUACGAAACGGAAAACAAACGUCCCUUGCAGAUGCGAGCUUACAUAUCAUUCGGAGGACUAUCGGAAGUGUUGGCGGUAUCCUUUGUUGGGGCCAUAUUUUGGUUGAUGGUCAAGACCAACUUCGGCAAACAGCUGUUGCUGAACUAUCCGAAACUUUUCUCGCUAGGCAUGGUGUCGCACGAGGGCCCCAGCGACGAGGCGAUGAACAAUAUUGAGUUUGCACUAUACUUUGAAGGAAAGGGAUGGGCGGAAAAGCUGGCCAGCCCAACGGACAAGUAUACCGGUCCGCCGAACAAGGUGAUUCGUACGAAGGUCACCGGAACUAACCCGGGUUACGGUGCAACAUGUGUUUCGCUGAUUUUAUGUGCCCGGACCAUUCUAUUGGAAGGGGACCGUAUGCCGGGAGAGGGAGGCUAUCUAACUCCGGGAGCUGCCUUUGCCAAGACGAGCCUGAUCGAAGAGCUGUGUAAAAAUGGAUUUACAUUUGAAGUUCUUUCUCAGGCGAAACUGUAAAUAGCUAAUAGGGAUUGUUAAAGCCAAAACUUAAAAUUUAUUGGUGGAAGAAAUAAACGCUAUAUCGAAAUAAUA